UGUUGUCUAAAAAUUUAGAAUGUAUUAUAGAGAUAUUAAAAAGAAAAGAAAAAAAAAAACACCCGAAAUUUCCUCUCUUUCUUUAUCAUAUUCCUAAACUUGACCGUUCUGUAAUGGGAAUAUUCUUAUCCUAAUCCCUCUCUUCAUCCAGAGACUUCCUUAUUAGGAAUAUGCUUAUUUCUUUUUUUUGGAUAUUUACUUUUUCAAGAUUUAAUGUCGAGUUCCAUUAUACUCUUUAAAUACCUCCUCCUUCUAUGUCUCAAACUGCAGCGGCAGCCUCUGUCUAAGAAUCAAGGUAAAAACCCUCCGCAUUCAUAUACUGAGUCAUAUUCUUGAAAUCUUUUGCUAAAGAAAAAGAUUAAAGAAAGAUGGCUCUCAAAGCUGUUCAUGUCUCUGACGUGCCUAAUCUUGAUCAAGUUCAAGAAAAUGCAGCAUUGUCUCUCUGCUCCACCCGCUUCACCAAUAUAUGUGUGAAUGAUCAUGAAAGUGGUGAUCAUGAUGUCGCUUUUAAAUUCCCGAAAUUUGUAGUGAUGGGACAUAGAGGGAGUGGAAUGAAUAUGUUACAAUCUUCUGAUAGGAGAAUGAAAUCCAUCAGAGAGAAUUCGAUUCUCUCCUUCAAUUCCGCUGCUAAGUUGCCUCUUGAUUUCAUUGAAUUUGACGUUCAGGUGACCAGAGAUGGCUAUCCAGUCAUUUUCCAUGACAAUUUAAUCCUCACUGAAGACAAGGGUACCAUUAUUGAAAAACGAGUUACAGACCUCACUUUAGCUGAAUUUCUCUCCUACGGACCCCAAAAGGAGGCUGGAAAUGUGGGAAAGACUUUAUUUAGGAAAACAAAAGAUGGGAAAAUCUUUGAAUGGAAAGUUGAAGAAGAUGAUCCUCUUUGUACAUUGCAAGAAGUUUUCCAGAAGGUUGAUGGUACAAUAGGCUUCAAUAUUGAACUGAAGUUUGAUGAUCAUAUCAUUUACAAACAGGAAGAAUUUGAACACAUUCUACAAGCAAUCUUGAAGGUGGUGCUUGAACAUGCCAAGGACAGGCCUAUCAUGUUUUCUAGCUUUCUACCUGAUGCAGCUCAGAUGAUGAGAAAAUUGCAGAAAAAAUAUCCUGUUUUCUUCCUAACAAAUGGGGGAUCUGAAAUUUACAUGGAUGUAAGAAGGAAUUCAUUGGAUGAGGCCAUUAAGGUUUGCAUGGAAGGUGGUCUGCAAGGAAUUGUAUCUGAAGUCAAGGCUAUCUUUAGAAAUCCAGAAGCAGUGAAAAGAAUUAAAGAAUCAAAGCUUUCCAUCAUUAGUUAUGGCCAAUUGAAUAAUGUGCCAGAGGUGGUAUACGUGCAGCAUUUGAUGGGCAUUGAAGGGGUGAUCGUUGACCUUGUUCGAGAAAUUACAGAGGCUGUCUCUGAUUUCAAUAACCCUGCAAAGGCAGGUGUCGAAUCGAGAUUAUUUGGCAAGGAAGGCAAACUGCAAUUGGAAACGCUAAUAUCUGCAGAAUUUUCAGCAGACAAUCUCCAUUUGUCCACCGACUUCGUAGUUCUUCACAGUUGAUGAAUCAGUGCAUCUCUUCUGAGUAUCAAGUAGCAAUAGGGUAUUACACUUUUAGACUAAUGUAGUUCCUUGUACACUAUCUUCUAAGAAACAGGUUCGUUCAUGUGUACGAUAUAUAGUUGGACUUUGAUGUAAUCUUAUACAGUGUAAAUGUACUAAAAUACAAUUAUCACUUUCUUGCU